AUGGUGCCCGACUUCGACUGGCCUGUGGAAGGCCUGACUGGCUGCUUCAGCCAGAGACUCUUGUUGACUGCCCUGCUGCCCGUCGGCAUCCUUUUGUUUUGUGUACGCUUCGCAUCCCAUGCCUUCCGUUUGCGAGACGAGAGUCCUGUCAGAUACACUAUCUCUCCUCCUCCAGAACUGAACACCACCUACGGUGCGAAACUCGAAGGGAUAGACCACCCAUCUGCAGAUGUGUCUGAAAUCCGCAACGGUUUGAUCUACCCUCGUUGUCCAGCGGAUGGCCGCAGCCUUGGGGCGCCCAUUACUCCUUCGACACCUUCCUCAAUCGACAAUGCCAUCUCCGCUGCCGCCAGAGCUCAACUUCCAUGGUCGCAAACCGCCUUUUCCGAGCGUCGUCGAGUCCUCCGUACCCUUCUACGACAUAUUCUUGACCACCAAGAAGAGAUUGUCACGGCAUGCUGUCUAGACAGCGGCAAGACUAAGAUUGAUGCCUGCUUCGGAGAGAUCCUGGUGACUGUGGAAAAACUACAAUGGACAAUCAAACAUGGGGAAAAGGCUUUGUCGCCGUCAAGGCGGCCGACGAACCUCCUCAUGUGCUACAAAGCCAACACGGUCAUCUACAAGCCGUUAGGGGUGGUGGCUGCGUGUGUCAGCUGGAAUUACCCCUUCCACAACUUCAUUUCGCCAGUGAUCUCGGCCUUGUUCGCUGGAAAUGCCAUCGUCGUCAAACCUAGUGAACAGACAUGUUGGAGCAGUCUCUACUUCACGGAUCUGAUACGAAGCGGCCUCCAGGCAUGUGGUCACAGUCGAGACCUGGUGCAAAAUGUUAUUUGUCUGCCCCAAGUUGCGGACUAUCUGACCAGUCAUCCUGGAUUGAGUCAUAUCACAUUUAUUGGCAGUCGAGAAGUUGCCCACAAGGUCUGCAGCUCGGCAGCCAAGGCGCUGACUCCGGUCACGGUCGAACUGGGAGGUAAGGAUCCGGCGAUUGUAUUGGACGAUGCAACAACGCUCAAGAGAAUCGACCAUGUUGCCGCCAUUCUGAUGCGUGGUGUCUUCCAAUCCGCUGGCCAGAAUUGCAUUGGCAUCGAGCGUGUCAUCGCCCUUCCUGGAAUCCACGACAAACUCCUCAGCCUGGUGCUUCCCAAGAUCCACUCACUGCGUCUCGGCUCUGUCCUCCUGUCCUCUGCGAAUGACCCUCCAGAUAUGGGCUCGAUGAUCUCGUCCCGUAGCUUCCAACGCCUCGAAGAGCUUAUUUCCUCGGCCGUCGCCCAGGGCGCAAAGCUUCAUUGCGGUGGCAAGCGAUGUCUCCACCCUAACUAUCCUAACGGAACCUACUUUCAGCCCACCCUGCUCGGCGAUGUCACCGUGGACAUGGAGAUUGCGCAGCAAGAGCUUUUCGCGCCCGUCUUUUUGCUCAUGAAAGCACAGAGCGUGGACGACGCCAUUGCCAUGGCGAACUCAACCCCCUACGCUCUCGGUGCAAGCGUGUUUGGCCAUCACCGCGCCAACGUUGCCAAGUGCGUUGCCGGGAUCAAGGCCGGCAUGGUCGCUGUCAACGACUUUGGCGCAUUCUAUGCUUGUUCGAUGCCUUUUGGCGGCGUCAAGGGGUCCGGCUAUGGUCGCUUUGGCGGCGAGGAAGGUCUGAGAGCACUGAGCAAUAUCAAGAGUGUCUGCGCCGACGCAUCUUGGGCCAUGUUGCUUGGCGUCAGCACCGCGAUCCCGCCCAAGUUGCAGUAUCCCGUCAGUCGAGAUGGAUGGGAGAUCUGUAAGGGUGUGGUGGGCACCGGGUACGCCCUGGGUUGGCGGGAAUGGGUUGGAAAUGUGGCCGGGCUGGUUCUAGCAUUGCUCAGAAGUGAUGCCAGUGCUGAAGUACAGAUAAUGGCCAAACAGUGA